ACCGUCUCUUGCUUCCCCUCAAAUCUCUCGUCUUCUUCACUCGUCCCCUGCCAUCCGCCGCACAGGUGCUCUUUGCCGCCGCCGCCGCACCGUUGUUCUUCGCCGCCGUCGUACUGCUGUUCUUCGCCAUCCUCAAAUCGCGUGCCUUUUGUGGUCGCCGUUCAUAUGCUGAUGUUCGACUUCUUUCAAUCCUGCUCUUGCUCUAUAUUUUUUCCCUCUCUGGCGCACGCCGACUUUUGAAGACUAAAGUAGUUGGAGUAGCUUGUCACUGCCAUGGCUCAGACCACAGAGGGUGCGUCCGAGUCGGUCGAGGCGGUCGCUUUCAGUUUCAUGACUGAUGAGGAGGUUCGUAAACACAGUGCUGUGAAAGUUACUGCGCCCAUAUUAUUAGACGGUAUGGGCAGACCGGUAUCUGGCGGACUUUAUGAUCCGGCAAUGGGUUCUUUAGACGAUACAACACUUUGCAAAUCAUGUGGACAAAGGCCUUUAUACUGUCCUGGUCAUUGUGGUCACAUUGAUCUUGUUUCACCUGUGUAUAACCCCUUGCUAUUUGUCAUUCUCCAUAAUAUUCUACAACGUACUUGUUUCUCUUGCCACCAUUUUCGGGCUGGUGAAUCCCAGGUUGAAAAAUGUGUAUCUCAACUAGACCUCAUUUCAAAUGGUGAUGUUGUCGAGGCCAAAGAGUUGGAUUCGGAGUGGCUAAGUGAGCCUUCACAUUCAAAAUAUAGCAAUGGAAGGCAGAACAUGCAACCAGGAAAAUGGACUUCUCUCCAAUUUUCUGAAGCCAUAUCAGUUGUGAAUAAAUUUUUGAAGCCCAAACAGAGAGAAUGCAAAAAUUGUGGUGCCAAAAAUCCUAAGAUUAGUAGACCAACUUUUGGUUGGCUUAACAUGAGUGGCUUGCCUGGAGCCCAUAAGAGGGCGAAUGCCAUUAGAGGUUGCAAGCCUGUGAGUGUAAUUAGUGGGGCUGAAGGAAUAUCCUCGCUUGAGGAAGAGACUACAUUUUCGCACACUACUGUUAUCAAUACAUCGGAAGGGGAUGCAUUCGAUGACACUGCGACCAAAGCCCCUACAGAAGACUCUGAGGAAGUUCCUCCUGAAGUCUUCAUGCAAAAGAAUUUCUCCUCAGGACAUUUGAUGCCAUCUGAGGUUAAAGUUAUCAUGAGGCAAUUGUGGAAAAAUGAGGCUACGCUAUGCUCGUUUAUUAGUGAUAUUCAGCAUCAGGGACAUGGAAAAAAAGCAGGCCACUCCAUGUUUUUCUUAGAGAAUGUUCUAAUCCCUCCAAUUAAGUUCCGACCCCCUGCAAAAGGAGGUGAUUCUGUAAUGGAGCAUCCUCAAACUGUGUUACUGAACAAGGUGCUACAGUCCAAUAUUUCAUUAGGAAAUGCUCAUGCUAACAAAUCAGAACACUCAAAGAUAGUGAGGCUAUGGAUGGAUCUUCAGCAGUCUGUCAAUGUUUUGUUUGAUAGCAAAACUGCAGCUGGUCAAAAAGAUAUUUCUGUGGGAAUAUGUCAGUUAUUGGAGAAGAAGGAAGGCAUGUUUCGUCAAAAGAUGAUGGGAAAGAGGGUUAACUUUGCAUGCCGAUCUGUCAUUUCACCGGAUCCCUACUUAGCAGUUAACGAAAUUGGAAUUCCCCCUUAUUUUGCUUUGAGAUUAAGCUAUCCAGAGAGAGUGACUGCUUGGAAUGUUCAAAAGUUACGAAAUGCUAUAAUCAAUGGUCCGGAAACCCAUCCAGGAGCCACACACUACAUUGAUAAGUUAGCUACCGUGAAGUUGAACUUGAAGCCAAGCCGGAAAUCACGCAUUUCAAUCUCGAGGAAAUUACCAUCCUCUCGCGGUGUGGUUGUGGAUCAAGGAAGCGGCGAUUAUGAAUUUGAAGGGAAAAUUGUGAAUCGGCAUUUGCAAGAUGGAGAUAUCGUUCUUGUGAAUCGACAGCCUACACUUCACAAACCUAGUAUAAUGGCUCAUGUUGUUCGUGUCUUGAAGGGAGAGAAAACUAUUCGAAUGCACUAUGCAAAUUGCAGUACGUAUAAUGCUGAUUUUGAUGGUGAUGAAAUGAAUGUUCACUUUCCACAAGAUGAAAUUUCUCGUGCUGAAGCUUACAACAUUGUGAAUGCAAACAACCAAUAUGUAAAACCUACCAGUGGUGAACCCAUCAGAGCCUUAAUUCAGGAUCACAUUAUAAGUGCUGUACUUCUCACGAAGAAGGAUACUUUUUUAAAUUUUGAUGAAUUUAGCCAGCUUCUGUAUAGUUCUGGCAUUUCAACAUCAAGACCAUGUGCUUCUUCAGAGAAACCUGGGCAGAAGGUUUUCACUUUAGACUUUGAAGCUGAGAUGCUACCUGUUCUUCCUGCUAUAUGGAAACCAGAGCCUCUUUGGACAGGGAAACAGGUUGUUACAGCCUUAUUGGAGCACAUCACUAGAGGCUCCCCACCAUUUUGUGUGGAAAAAGAUGUUAAAAUUCCACGUGGUUUUUUUAAGUGCAGACAUACGGGGAAUAAUUCUUCCAAAGUCAAGGUGGUUGAUGGUGAUAAAUCAAAGAGAAAGAGAACUUGGAAUGAAAAUAGGUUGGGAAAAAGUGAAGUUCCUGAUGAAGGGAAUUCAAAGAAAAAGGAGUACUCAAAGCUUGAUAAAUUGAAGGCAGAGCAUUUGGAUGAUGAUAGCUUACUGAUAUUUAAAAAUGAAUUGGUGCGAGGUGUCAUAGAUAAGGCUCAAUUUGGUGACUAUGGCUUAGUGCAUACAGUGCAUGAGCUUUACGGUUCAAAUACAGCUGGCCUGUUGCUUUCUGUAAUGAGUCGUUUGUUCACCGUUUUUCUUCAGAUGCAUGGGUUCACAUGUGGAGUAGACGAUCUUUUGCUGUUGGAAUGUAUGGACAAGGAAAGGGAGGAGCAACUCCAAAUCUGCGAGAAAAUCGGUGAACAGGUGCAUCUGGGAUUUCUUAAGGUCAAGGAUGGCGAAAAAUUAGACCCAAUGACACUGCAAUUGAAUAUUGAAAAAACUAUUUGUGAUAAUGGAGAACCUGCAUUAACAUCAUUGGAUAGAAAAAUGACCAGCCAACUUAAUGAAAGGACGGGAAACUCUAAGGUCCUCAAAGAUUUGCUGUCUGAGGGCUUACUAAAACCGUCAGUAAAGAACUGCAUUUCUCUGAUGACGACAUCUGGGGCUAAAGGUGGUACGGCUAAUUUUCAACAAAUAUCUUCACAUUUAGGCCAGCAGCAGUUAGAAGGCAAGCGAGUUCCCAGAAUGGUCUCAGGAAAGACCUUACCCUGCUUUCCGUCUUGGGAUUGGGCAUCACGAGCUGGAGGGUUUAUUGUUGAUCGCUUUCUUACUGGUCUUCGACCUCAAGAAUAUUACUUCCAUUGCAUGGCUGGCCGUGAAGGGUUGGUUGAUACAGCAGUCAAGACAUCUCGUAGUGGAUAUCUUCAAAGAUGCCUAAUAAAGAAUAUGGAGUCUCUAAAAAUUUGUUACGAUCACACUGUUCGUGAUGCUGAUGGCUCCAUUAUUCAAUUUCAAUAUGGCGAGGAUGGCAUAGAUGUCCAUAAAACAGCAUUUAUUACAAAAUUUGAAGCACUUGUAGCUAACCGAGAUAUGCUAUACCAAAAAAGUCAUCAUCAGCUUGGCAAGUAUAAUAUAUAUAUCAAUGAGUUGCCUUCAGCUCUUCAAGAGAAAGCAGAGGUCAUAUAUAAUUCCUUCUCGAAGGACAAGGCUCCUGGUCUGGUACAAAAAGAUGACUUUUUCAGGCUGUUGGAGAAUAAGUACCUGUCAAGUCUUGCACAGCCUGGAGAACCAGUUGGCGUACUUGCUGCUCAGUCUAUCGGAGAGCCAUCAACACAGAUGACGUUGAACACGUUCCAUCAUGCUGGGCGUGGUGAGAUGAAUGUGACACUUGGAAUCCCACGCCUUCAAGAGAUCUUGAUGACGGCUUCACAUGAUAUCAAGACACCAAUUAUGACAUGUCCAUUACGAGAUGGCUACUCAAUGGAUUAUGCAAAGUGUCUUGCUAAUAAGUUGAAGAAGAUUACAGUAGCUGACAUAAUAGAGAGUAUGGAAGUAACUGUCGUGCCAUUUUCUGUACGGAAGCGGGAGAUAUGCAGUAUUUAUAAGCUUGAAAUAAAAUUUUACCCACUUGAGAAUAAUCCACAGCAUGGUCAUGUAUCUUCAGAAGAUUUGGAAGAAAUUUUGGAAUUUGUGUUUGUUAGGGAGUUGGAAGAUUCAAUCCAAAAUGAAAUGAUCUUGCUAUCCCGAAUUAACGGUAUAAAAAAUUUUGUGCCCGAUUCACAAUCACAGGGCUCGAGUGAAAGAGAUGAAGUUAGUAGUUCACAACAUGAAGAAAAUGAUGAUGAUGAUAAUGUUGGUAAUGACGUGGAUGCUGCUGAAGAUCUUGGUUUUGAUAUGAAAAAGCAAAAACUGCGAGCAACGGAUGAGAUGGAUUAUGAAGAUGAUUCAGAUGAGGAGCUUAAUGCCAAAGCACCAUCAGCAGGAUUUGAAAGUGAAGUUGAUCAAGGUGAUGAAGUUGAAAUCACCAAUGAUGAUAUCAUGGAUAUCGCUAAAGACAGUACAUCUGAGAAUCAAACUGAGAUAACAGAUGUCUCGAAGUCCAAUUUGAAAGGGAAAACACCCAAAACAGCAAACAAAAAGAAGAAGAGAGCUAAAUUAGAAUUCUCUAGGAAGGACUAUGAUAGAGCAAUUUUUGUUGCAGCCAAAGGAAAUCACUUUGAGGUUCAUUUUAAGUUUGCCAAUGAACCUCAUAUUUUACUGACCCAGGUUGCUCAAAAAACGGCCCAGAAGGUGUCUAUCCAAAGCUCUGGCAAAAUUAUCCGCUGUCAACAAAUCACCUGCAAGGAAGGUCAGGUAAUAUACCAUGGGAAUAAUGUCAAGGAAAGAAAGAAAAUGAAACUAGAAGAGAAGGAAAAGAUUCCUGCAGUACAGACCACUGGAGUCGACUUUCGGAUGCUCUGGGAGUUACAAGACGAGCUCGAUGUUCGAUAUAUAUAUUCCAAUGACAUCCAUGCCAUGCUAGAAACAUACGGAGUGGAAGCUGCUAGGGAAACCGUAAUGAGAGAGAUACAAAAUAUCUUCAGUUCAUAUGGGAUAUCUGUCAAUAUUCGACACCUAACUCUCGUUGCUGAUUAUAUGACUCAUUCUGGCGGUUACCGACCGAUGAGUCGACUAGGAGGCAUAGCCGAGUCGAUAUCUCCUUUCAGUAGAAUGACAUUUGAGACAGCUUCGAAGUUCAUUGUUCAAGCUGCAUUUCAUGGGGAGAUAGACAACUUGGAAACUCCAUCUGCUAGAAUUUGUCUGGGUUUGCCAGCAAAGAUGGGUACCGGUAGCUUUGAUUUGAUGCAGAAAAUCGAAGUCUGAUGAGUGGUAAUUCUUGGCCUCAUAUUCUUGAGUUUUGAAUCAUUUAAUUAGUUUUGGCAUUAGAAGAGAGCGAGUUCUGCGGAUGUAAAUUUUGGAUGCUAUAAGAUUUUGUAUCAUUAGCUUACCAUUGUAUCACUUAUAUUGUGUUUACAUAUAGAAACACGUGUGCAAGAUUAUUAACAAGCCCAAAAAUGGCUCAGAAAUUUUGUCCUGUUGAGAAAUAUUUGAACAAUGGAGCCAUGUAAAAAGACUACUAGAAAUAUUUAAGCAUAUUGUGUUGAUCAAUGACAACAAUCUAAUCCAUUUGUAUUGGAUUCCGUUGUCUA